AGAUUAUUGGCAUUGGGCUGGGAGCUGAAGGUGGAAUCAGAAUUGACACUGCGUCACUUUGAACUUGGACCAACACUGAAUCUCUCUCUGUCUCACUCACACACACACACUCACACAUUCUCUCUCACUCUCUCUCUCUCCCACACUCACUCUGGCAACAUCGCAACUUUAACCUGCACAAGAGCAGCGAAGCUCAUGUCAUAACUGAGACUGAGAGGUUGGAGUUAUUGCAAAACGGACAGGAGCUGGGUUUUUUUUUGGGAGGAUAGACGCAGCAGGAGGAAGAGGGGGAACUAUAAGUGAGACUAAAAUCCUGUGCUCCCAGCAGUUUUACAAUGGGAAGCUGGCUCAAGGACUGCGGGACAGUACACGCCUUUGCAACAGCGGGAAAGUAGAGAGGGACAAGACCACUCCAUACUUGACUACACAUGACUCCAGCCCACAACGUGUUCUGAAAAGAGUGAGGGAGAUGGAGUCCCGUGGAAUGGAAAACCAUCUUUGCCAGUCGGAUGUGUAACUGCGAGCAGUGAGGGAUGGAUCAGGAAAGUGAGGUCGACUUGUCCAAUCUUGCCAUUACGCCACUAUGGCGGAAGAGAAGGCCGAUUCCCAAAUCGCCCAAUACAAGGUCUUUGAAUCGUCGCAGCAGGGCGAGGCCAUGUUCACAUGAAAUUGACGGUGUCCUGGUGACGGAUUUCCCAGUGGACGGCAAUGUUCCUACCCAAAAUGGGAACAUUGCUUCCCCUCCAGAUGGCCGCCUCUUACUCCAGAGGCAGCCCUCCACCCAUUCACUUCCAACGCCUGAUAAGCAGCGCCUUGUGCUGAGCACCAACAGCGCUGUUUCGCUCAAGAACGGAACACAGCAGAUCAUUCCCAAGGACUUGGCAUCGGCUAUCAAAAUCAAGAACCAUCAUCAGAACAAUCAGAAUCUGGAGUUUAAUGCAAGGAGUCGUCGGGUGCAGAGCAUGGUCGAAACGGUUAAUGUCCCACUUGUACCGAAACUGGAGCUGGAUGGAGACACAGACCCUGACCUGGAGAGCCCAGGCCAGCUUCGCCGAGGGCUGAGGUCCACUUCAUAUCGAAGAGCAGUGGUCAGUGGGGUUCAUUUUGAUAACUCGUCCAGUAUAAAAAACAACAACCGCAGGUCUCAACCCAAUCUGAAGACUGUCCUAGAGGAUAAAGAGAAGUUCCCCAGUUUGUGCAGAGGAAAGGAAUUCGAGAAGAAGCAGCUGCCGAACAAGGGCCCAUUUGAUGGGGAAGAAAAUGCAGUACUUUAUCAGAACUAUAAAGAGAAGGCUCUGACACUGAAUAACGGAGAUUCAGAUGAGGAUGCAGAUCAGAAUGUGCAAACAGUAGGGCAGAAGUCAGACGAGAGAAUAGUCGUGCAGUUCAAGCCAAUCAGAUCAUCAUGGUCACAGCUUUCUGAGGUAAGAGAAAAUCUUUCAAAUUCUAACUUAACACGUGAAAGAGAGACUAGACAGCUGGCUAUAUUUGAAGUGAUUUCAUCAGAACACUCCUACAUGCUGAGUCUCGAUAUCCUGAUCCGCAUGUUUAAGAAUUCCGAAGCACUGAACUUAACUAUGACCAAAACCGAGAGGCAUCAUCUGUUCUCCAACAUCAGUGACGUCCAGAGAUCCAGCAUCAUGUUCUUCAAGGAGCUUGAGGCCAGAUACCAACAGAAUGCCCUGAUACCUGAUAUCAGUGAUAUUGUUGAGAAACAUGCCACAUGUACCUUUGACCCCUAUGUAACGUAUUGCUCCAAUGAGAUCUACCAGCAACGCACACUUGAGAAACUCCUUAAUACAAAUCCAAACUUCAAAGAAGUCCUGACGAAGAUUGAAGCCCAUCCUGAGUGCAGGAACCUGCCCAUGAUUUCAUUUCUCAUCCUCCCAAUGCAGCGGGUCACGAGGCUUCCUCUGCUGAUGGACACCAUUUGCCAGAAAACGCCGAAAGAGUCCCCAGAGUAUGAACAUGCCAAAAAGGCUUUGCAAGCAGUCAGCAAGUUGGUGCGUCAGUGUAAUGAAGGAGCAAGGAGAAUGGAGCGCACAGAGAUGAUGUACACUAUCAACAGUCAACUAGAGUUUAAAAUAAAGCCAUUUCCCCUGGUCUCUUCCUCUCGAUUUUUGUCCAAGCGAGGUGAGCUCAUGGGUUUCGUCGAGGACACAGGGAUUUUUUCCAAACGCAUGUCAAGGCAACAAGUGUAUUUCUUCCUGUUCAACGAUGUCCUUAUUGUCACAAAGAAGAAAAGUGAGGACAGCUACAGUGUGACUGAUUACGCCAUGACAGACCAGCUCCAGGUGGAACCCUGUGACGCUGAAGAACUGAACCUGUCUCCUAUAAAGACUGCUUCUGGCAUGUUAUAUUCCCGGCAGAGCUCCAUCAACCACCUCUUUCGGCUCACCAUGCUCAGUAACCAUGCCGGAGAGAAGGUGGUGAUGGUGUUUGGAGCAGAGUCACCGAGCGACCGAGCGCGUUGGUUCACGGCCUUGGGGCAAAAGGGCGCUGAAAGACAACGCCCAGACAGGACAACCUUGACCCAGGUGGAGAUCACCAGAACAUACCCAGCCAAACAGCCUGAUGAGCUAUCCCUCCAGGUAGCUGACGUGGUCCUGCUGUAUCAGACCAUAGAGGAUGGCUGGUACGAAGGUGAACGUCUGCGAGACGGUGAGAUAGGUUGGUUUCCGAUGGAGUGUGCCAAGGUCAUCACUUGCCAAGCCACGAUCAGCAAGAACAUGCAACGUAUGGGCCGCUUGCUGGGACUGGAGACAAAUGUGUAAGAGAGGGUAGGAGCCUGCACAGGUUACGAGGGGCUCGGAAUUCUCUGCUCCGCCAUUCACUGAGGACGACGAGCUCGUGGCCUCACCAAGGGUCGAUCCUGGGUCUUUGCAUCGUCUUCCUGGGAGAAAGUCGCCCAAGAGAAUUCUCUGUGACGUGGACUUCCACCACUUGAAAGGACCAUUGGGGUGUCGCAGGGGGCAGAGGUGGGAGUCGCAGAUCAUUAAUUGUAAUGCAGUCAAGAAAGUCCUAGGCUGAACGCCUUGUCUAAUGUUGCACUUGGACAUCUGCAAAUCAUCUUUACCACCACCCAGUGAAGUGGAGGCUGGAUUAUAUUGUUUAAGUGGACGGACAAGGAAAGAACAUUGGACAGAGCAGCAAAUCCAGAAGUUUGUUUUUAAUUGAAAGCAGCAGUUACCAAUUGGACAGGUAUUGUAAUUUCUUCAUGUAAAUAAUGGACAUAUUUUAAGCAAAGGUAUUGCUGCUGGACCAUUUAUCAAAUACUCAAAACAAUGAAGUCAACUACAGGGAUAUCUCCACUGUGUUUCUCUGUGGUCUUGUUAAUGUGAUUACAAUGCACUGAAUAAAGAUGCAGCUUAUUAUAAAAA